GUUGGCAGCCAGCUGCAGGUGCCAGCAGCGCUUCCCUCUAACAUAUUCAGACUUUUAUUUGAUUAUUAAGUCUGUUAAGACUUAACAGGAUGGCUGUUUACACAUAUUCUAUCUUCUUCGAGGGUCCCGAUCUGGAUGAAGGAAAAAGGAAGAAAAUAGAAACGUAUUUCAACAUUCAGCGCAAAUCAGGAGGUGGCGACUGCAGCUCAAUAAAACAAAUAAAGGAUAACAUUUACAGCAUCGCUUUUAAGGACAGAGAGGCUCAGCAGAGAGUCCUGCAGAAAUCUGAGCAUGUGUUGGAGAUUGCAGGCCAUCAACUGGUCCUGACUGUGCGAGACAAUCAAGACAACUCCUCUCCCACCACUACCUCCACUCCAGGCCAGCCAGUAAAGCAGAGUCAGCAGACCAUUCUUGAUUCAAGCCUGCCAUCAAGUGGUGAAGAAUAUGAACUACAACUUGAUACUUACCUCCUUUGUUACUUAAAGGAAAGUCCCAAGGCUGGGAAAGAAUUUGAGGGCAAACUCACCUCUGUGGCCUGCUCUGCUCAGCUUUACCCAGAUGAGGGGAAGGUUGUAGUCAAGAAUUUAGGCCAGCCUGGUGCUGGAGUUCAAAAGUGGGAAUCUGAGGUGGACAAACUAUUUGAAAGUGUUAAAAAACAGUACCUCUGCCACUAUGAGAUGGACCCUCACAAAGUCAAAGCUUUGCUUCAGUCCCGCAAGUCUCAACAGAUCACAGAUGAGGUGAAAGUGUACAGUGAGGUUGGGAUGGCUGUUGUGGUUGGUGAACAAUCUCAGGUAGAUGCUAAGUUAAUGGCUUUAGAUGGCUUGUAUGUUAAAGUUCGAGGGUCAAGUUUAAUUGAGAGGCAAACCAGCACUCGUCGACUAGGCAAGGCUAAGCUCGGCCUCCUCUGGAAAGAGAUUGAGCAUGGUUUGCAAAGAGAUUUUGCAGGACUCAAGGUGACACAGGGAGAUGCAGGACAGCUAGUCCUGGAAGGUUCUGUGGAGGAGAUCCUUAAGGCUGGAGAUUGGAUCAGUGAGAAGGAGAAUUUAGUCAUCGAGAGAUCUGUUGCUAAUGUGAGCCCACAUCUUCUGGCUUUCCUGAGGAAGGCAUAUGGAGGUCCAGGGCCCCUAGGUGACUUUUUAGAGGUCGGUGACAAGUUGGAAAUAGAGUUACGAGACACAGAGCUACGCCUCUUCUCUCUCUUCACUGGUAAUCUGGAUGACACAGAAAAGGCACUGCACAGCCGGUUCAAGGAAGUAAAUAUUGAUCUUCCUAGCUGCUCUACUGUGCCAUCUGAACUUCGUAAAACACUUGAGACGAAGGCAAAUGAGAUGAACCAAGGAAAAUGUAGAGUCCGGGUUGUGUUUAGUGCAGACAAAACAGUGUGCUUACUGGGCCACAACACAGAGGUUGAAGAACUGAAUGAAGCUGUCACACAGUUUAUUUUGGAUCAGGCAAGCAUUGAAGGCAAAGUUAUACUCCCUUUCCCAGAUUUAGUACAACUCUUACCAGAAUUGCUGCACCUGCAUGGUUUUGACUAUUCAGGGGUUACCUUCCACCCUUUAACAUCUUCCUCUAGGCCCAUGGUGAUGUUGGAAGGACCAUCAAGAAAAGUGACUGAGGUCAGAAACAGACUAGGUCCGUUUUUGGACUCUCUUGUUGAGGACAGAGUAUCAAUUGACCUGCCAGGGGCAGUAAGGUAUUUCCUAAGUCACUCUGGAAGAGACAACCUUUUAAAUGUUGGUCAUUCUCAGAAGUGUAUAAUAAAGCUUCAUGAACAACCUCACUCUGCUGAAGGCAUAACAUUUGCCAGCUACUGCCUUCAUGAUGGGCUCCAGGUGCUGGUAUGUCAGGGUGACAUCACCAAACAGGAUGCUGAUGCCCUGGUGAAUGCUGCAAAUGAGGAUCUGGACCACUGUGGAGGGGUUGCAGCUGCACUGAGUAAAGCAGGUGGCCCUGAAGUGCAGAAGGAGAGUCGUGCAAUAGUAAAGCAGGUGGGAAAAAUACCUACAGGUGAUGUGGUAGUGACAACAGGGGGGAACUUAAACUGCAAGAAAAUGCUGCAUGCAGUUGGGCCUGUUGGUGGAAAAUCAGGUGGCAGAGAAAGAGUCUUACUGGAAAAAACUGCAGAGUCUGCUCUGGAUUUAGCAGAACAGAUGGAGUUCAAGUCGAUAGCCAUGCCCUGUAUCAGCUCUGGUGUAUUUGGUGUUCCUGUCAGAGUGUGCUCAGAGGCUAUUGUUACAGCUGUUAAGAAGUUUGGUAGUCAGGGAGGGAGAAGUCUGAGCAAAAUUAUUCUUAUUGAUAACAGAGGAGAGGUGGUGAGGGCCAUGCAAGAAGCAUGUGACAGGCUUCUCCAACCGAUAAGUACAGGAAACAGAGCUCCAAGAGAUUUUGGGUUCCCAAUGGAUGCCGCUGCCCAAGACACUACAAGAGGAGCCACUGCUGGAAAUACGCGAGGUUGUGUCCUUGUGCAGAUUAUUCAGGGAACUUUGGAGACCCAGCAGGUGGAUGUCCUUGUAUCUCCAAUGGCAAGCCAUGAUCCUCUGUCUACCCGUGUUGGAAAUAUUUUGUCCAACAUGGUUGGACCACAGCUGACUGCAAAGUUUCAUACAGAAGCAGGAGGAGCAACACUGCCUGGUGACACAGUCCUGGUGGAGGGCUUGCCUGCACUUCGAUCUAAAGCAGUGAUCUUUCUCAAUCUUCUCUCUUGGGAUAAUAACCAACAUGGAGCUGCAGUUCAGGCUCUGAGACUGGGAAUCAACAAAAUCCUGGCUCGCUGUGAAAACAGAGGCUUUAGUUCAGUUGCCUUCCCUGUGCUUGGGACUGGUGCUGUCCUGCGUUUUCCUCACAGUUUGGCAUCCAAGGUUCUCCUGGAGGAGAUUAAUGGGUUUGAACAGAGCCGAGCCAGCAGAGCAUCUUUCAACGUUCAUAUUGUCAUUCACCCCAAUGACAAAGAAUCUAGCAAGGCCUUCCAGUCUGCUCAGGGAACUUUGCAUCUCAGAGGAUUCACAAAUGAUGCUAAUCCUGAUCAAGCUUCCUUUUAUCGCCAUGUCUCUGUAAAUGAUGAUGAGGUCACAGCCUUGCUGGGUGGAGUCAAACUUCAAAUGGUCCAAGGGGACAUCGUUAAUGAACGCACUGAUGUCAUUGUCAACACAACGGACUUCUCUAACAACCAAGCUGGUGUCUCCAAAGCCAUUCUGACUGCAGCAGGGCCCACUGUCCAAGCAGAGUUAGCACAAGUGGGGAUUCCAGCUGACUAUAUGUGCACCACAGGAUCCGGGUUGCUUGGCUGCAGGGAAAUUAUUCAUGCUGGCUUUAAGUGUGACCCUCAGACGAUUCGCAAGAACUGCAAAAAGAUUCUGAAGCAGUGUGAGACCAAAGGCUAUCACUCAGCAGCCUUCCCAGCAAUCAAUACUGGUGCAGCUGGUAUGGACUCUGUUAAAGCUUGUGAAGCCAUGCUGGAUGGCAUAGCCUCUGCUAUUAGAGACUUGAAACCAACUUCUGUGUCACUCAUUCGCGUUGUCAUCUUGCAACAACAGGUCUUCCAGACUUUUAGAUCAGAGCUGGAGAAGCGCUUUGGACAAACUGCACCUUCCCGCCUUAGCCUGAAAGAAAGAGCUAAACAAAUGCUCAAGAAGCGUCAAGAAAAGUGUUCCAAACCAUCCACGUCUUCAGCACCAGGAGGCGAAACCUUCAUCUCCUCAAAGCCCCAGCCAGCUGACAUACGAGUGAUUGGUUGUGGUACAGGCAUCAGCAGGACCAUCAAGACAGAUCUAGAGAGGCUCCUGCAGCAGCAGCUGGUAGAAAGAGAGAUGGAUGUCCAUCAUUUUUCCAAGCUUGAUGCCAUGGAGAUGGAGGCAGUGCAUGCAAAAGUCAAAUGCCUAGGAAUAAGCCUGGAGCAUAGGAGGCGUCAAAGUGUUAAUGGCAACAGAGCUAGAGCUGGAGCCAGAGAUGGGUCAGCCUCAGGAGAUGUCUAUGUGCUGAAGGGCCUAAAAGAAGAUGUUUUGAGUGUCACUGACCUGGUGAACAAAGCAAUCCAAGAAGCUCUUUGUAAAGACCUCUGCGAAAAAGAUGAAGCGAUGUUGGCUCUUACUGUCCAGUGGUCAAUGCAGGAUGUGCUAGGAGAAUGGCAGGAGCUAAGCCUGCGUGACAACUCUGUGCUGGAGAUGGCUCACAUAACAGGAGAAGUGUCUGUAGAAGUGAAGGCACCAAACGACUGCAUGGUGAAAGUAAACCUGAAGAAACGAGAAGCCACAGAUUGGUUAACGGGCAUCACCUACAGAGUGAAAAGGAGCGAGACUGAAUCAAAUUUGCCAUCACACUGGGAACCUAUGGACAGAGAAGUCUUUAAAAAGGUGGAGCUGCAACCUAACUCACCAGAGUACCAGAAAGUAGUCAAGGGUUUUUGCAAAACAACUAAACACAACAUCUGCAAAAUUGAGCGUGUGCAAAACACCCACCUAUGGCAUGCCUAUACUGUGUGUAGGGAGCGUAUACUUUCCAAGAACGGUCCAAACGACCUUGGGGAGAAGACUCUCUACCAUGGAUCAUCAGCAGAGUCAUGUCACUGCAUUGAAAGGGAUAGAUUCGACAGGAAUUUCGCAGGAAAACAUGCUGUUGCAUACGGACAGGGAGUUUACUUCGCAGUCAACGCAGACUAUUCAGCAGGAGGAUAUUCCGCACCAGAUGCAGCAGGCAUGAAGAGGGUGUAUGUUGCUCGUGUCCUGACCGGCCGUUACACAGUUGGUAAUUCCUCUAUGAGGCGCCCACCUCCUCGUGCGUCUGACCCCACUGACUGCUUCGACAGUUUGGUGGACAACCAGCAGUUGCCCUCUAUGUUCGUGAUCUUCCACGAUGACCAGGCCUACCCAGAAUACCUCGUUACCUUCCGCUAAGGGAAAACUGAGAAAGUUAUGGUACUGUACUGUACUGCUUUGUCACAAUCACCUGUUUAAAAAUAGUAAUCGGCUAAGAAUGCCUUAAAUUCCUACUUACAGUUAAUGCUCUAUUUUUUUUCCUGAUUUGAUUUUAAAGCAGUGAUCAUACCUCAAAAACACAAAAGCACUUUAUAGUAUAACAAAAAACAGCUAGAUGUGGUGACAUGUGAGAUGUGGUGGGUCAGCUGAACAACCACAGCACUACAGAGUGGUCAGAUUUUGAACAAAGCAUGUAGUUAAUUAUUACAUUCACCACCUGUAUUGAACAGUCUUGUAUUGAAGGACAGUACUGUUGCCACUGAAACACUCCUUGCAGUUUUACUCUUUUAGAAAUCUUCUUUUUUUCAUAAUUUACAUAAUACUUAUUAUAAUACAUUAAAAUUAUGUAUUUUUAGGCAAGUUACCCCUGUAAUGGACAGCAACAGUUAUCCUGUCAGAGAUAAAGGAAUAUUUUUUAAUCUUUUUUAAUUCUGUGUAUUUAGAAGGGUGAUUUCAUUAUAGUUUUAAUAUUUUGAUUCCCACCAGUUUGGUACAUCUUAUAUCUUAGUUUUUAU